CUUGCCGUAAAAGCAACGCUUGCCGCACCCACACGUUGAGUAUUGCAACUACGAGUUAACUUCUGCCCACAGCACACUGUCAAGACAAGACAAUUCACUGUCACUGUCAAUUGUCGAGUGUGAAUAUUCAGAGUGUUGGGCAACCUUAAUUGCAUUUGCUGAAACUGUGCAUAGUUGUGAAAAGACAGAGCAGUCUUCCCUUCACGUCUGUGUGUGCGUGCGCCAUGGAGAAGUCAUUCGCCAUAACCCCUUGGAAAUAUGCUUUGUUUACAACUUGCAUUCUAAUUGCGCUCUGUAACAUUUUCUUCUUCUCCUGUGGCGUUGUCACCUGGGGCUCCACUUCAUCCAGCCAUGGCGGCUAUGCAGCAGCGCUGGUGGGUGCUGCAGUCUUUGCCGCCUCCUUUCUAGGCGUCUAUGUGGCACUCAAGGAGUCCUACAAGUAUUCCAUAUACUAUCUAAUCAGCACAGUUGUGGUUAUAGUGCUGCUGGCCGUUUACUUUGCCAUCUUUUCCACAAUGCGCAGCCAGUUGCUGUCCCACUUUGACGAUCGCAUCAAGCUGCUCUUCGAGCAACGGUCACAUCAGAACGACACCAUGCAGCCCAUUCACAGUCUGUUCCGUUGCUGCGGCCUCAACGGACCGCAGGACUAUUUGGCCAAGGAGCAAGGCGGCUUGCCGGCCAGCUGCUGCUACGCCUUUGACUGCACUGUGGGCUCACAUAUCUUUGAGGAGGGCUGCGCCACCAAGGCCACUCGCAAUCUACAGAUGCAGUCAGAGAUCAAUUAUUAUGCCUGCAUUGUCAUCUUUGCAUUAGAGUUCAUGGGCGUGCUGACUGCUUUUCUUAUGGGCAAGGCGCGCAAGCUGACCAAGAUCAAGGAUGAUGAGGCUCCCAUAAGUGAGGAUUGAACCUAUCCUAACAUUUACGUAUAUUAGCUACAAUUUAGUCUAAAGGACGCGCAGCUAAGAGCCAAAAAUUAAUCAACAAAUAUGUUUAUUUGUAAUUCUCCAUUAAAUAGUGCGCCCCCUCACAGAGAGAGCGAGCAAAUGCUGCCUAAUUCAACUACUCAAUACCCUGUAGUUAACCAAAGAACGUCUUCGUACAUUUUAAAAAUAUGUAAUAGCAAAUUGUUAUAAAUAAAAUGCAAAAUAAAUAUUAA